GGGCGCGGAGGGGGCUCGGGCAGAGCGGAUCCUUCCCUUGGUGGCGGCAGCGACCCCCCCGUGGGGUGUCCUCGGGUCACCCCAGUUCUCUCCCUGCCCCCUCUCUCCCCCCCGGCAGGGUCCUUCCGUCUAGGGGACGGUGGCAAUGGACGCGGGGGGCGUGUCGGCCCCCCGAGAGCCCCCCGGCCCCACGGAUCCCCGGGAAGCCCCGCUGCUCGAGGGCCCCCCCACAGAUGAGACCUCUCCACCUCCUGCAAAAGAGGCCUCUGGCCGCGCCUAUCCUGGCCCAGCCCGGCAACGCCGGAAGCCCCCCAGGCCCCCUCUGGGGGAACCAAGUCCCCUGAAGGAGCUGCUCAGGCCAGAAGGGGCCGGGCUGCACCCCACCAUCUGUGGGGAGUGUGGGAAGGGCUUCAGCCGGAGCUCGGACCUGGCGCGGCACCGCAUCACCCACACUGGGGAGCGACCGUUCACCUGCGGCGCCUGUGGGAAGGGCUUCAGCCAGAAUUCCAACCUGGCCACGCACCGGCGCAUCCACACCGGGGAGAAGCCCUUCGGCUGCCGGGACUGCGGGAGGCGCUUCGGGGAGCGCUCGGCGCUGGUGCAGCACCGGUGGACGCACACCGGGGAGCGGCCGUACAGGUGCAGAGAAUGCGGAAAGAGCUUCAGCGUCAGCUCCAACCUGCGGCGACACCACCGGACCCACGGCCGAGAGCGGCCCCACCUCUGCCCUGAGUGCGGGGACACUUUCUGGAACCCUGGCCAGCUCCGGAGGCACCGCAGGGAGCACGUGGUGUGAGGGGGAAGCGGGGUGGGCAUGGGGACAGUGACACCUGGAUGGGCAUCAGGACACCUGGAUGGUGUUGGGACACACGGGUGUGGGUUGGGACACAUGAAUGGGGGUAGGGACGUCGUGAUGGGGACACCAGGAUGAGGAUGGGGAGGAGGGGGUGGGAUGGGAACAAGGACAGCAGGCUUGGGGCACAAGGAUGGAGAUGUGUUGGUUUGGCACAGCCUGGUUUUUGGCGGGGGGACCACAGGGGUGGCUUCUUUGAGAAGGUGCUGGAAGCUUCCACUGUGUCUGACAUAGCCAAUCUCUGAUGGCUGUGAAGAUGGACAUGCUGCUGGCCCAAUUAGAGAGGUUGGUAAUGCCUCUGUGAUGACAUAUUUAAGAAGAAAAUCAAAACAGUGUUUGCACUGUUUUUUCCCAGGGGUGGCGAAGCACUGCUGCCGGGGCCGUCCUGGCGCAGCCCGCAGCAAUGCGCUGCACCCACCACCGUCUCAGCAGGGCCUGCAGCGAGCCUUGCCCGCCUGGCUGCCCCAAGCCAGCCGCGCUGUGGGUGAAAAGGGCAGGGAUGGUGGCAGCAGCUUCCCCUUCCCAGCACCCUGCACGAGGAGAGGCGUUAAAUAGCGCCAGUGCCGCCGCGGCGCCGCUGCCCUUGCGAUGGCGGCAGGGUCACUGCCCUUGCGAUGCCCUUGCGAUGGCGGCAGGGCCGCUGGGCCAACAGUGGAAGCACAACGAGCAACUCCCUGGCGCAGAACCUAGACAAAAUCAGCUUAGCGCUGCAGGACCCUGCAGGAAUCUUUGAACUGGUGGAACUUGUUGGCAAUGGUACCUGCAGGCAGCAGUUUUUCUUCUAGGCAGAGAAGAGGAGGAAGUGAGGACAGGUGAGGGAAAACAACAUGAUGGCACCAAGGUCAGUGGAAAAAGAGGGGGAGGAAUUGCUCCAAAUGCCAGAGCCGAGAUUCCUCUGCAGGCCAUGGUGAGGACUAUGGUGAAACAAACUGUCCUCCUGUGAUACACACAGUCCACAGGGAAUGCAGAGAUCCACUCUCAGCCUGUGUGAAAAGUGUUCACGCUGGAGUGGGUGGAUGCCAGAGAAGGCUGUAAUCCAGUGGGAGACCUGAAUAGAGAGAGAGGGCCCCUGCUUCCAAACUAGAGCAGCCUAUUCUUAGAGGACUACACCCCAAGGCCAAGUGACCCAUGCCACAACAGUUUUGGGACAACUAUUUGUCCAUGGGAGGGACCCCACAGCAAAGCAGAAAUGAGAUUCUUCUUCCUGAGCAAACAGAAGAUCUCGAGUGAUGAACUGACCAAAACCCCCAUGCCCUGUAUCCCAGUGCUGUUGGUGGGAAGGAGGGAGGGGAAAAAGGUACUGUAAGGGCUUAUUUUAC